CCGCCGCCCGUCCUCCCGCCGCGGCCAGCCGGGCAGCGCGGGCGGGCCGGGGGCUGCGCUGCCGCCGAGGGGUCCUGAGGGGGGGUCUGGGCACUUGGGCUGGAAGUUGGUGACACGAUGGGGAACGAGCGCUGGAAAACCAUGGGAGGAGCCUCGCAACUUGAGGACGGGCAGCAGGAGAAAUCGCAGAGGAUGAGCUGCGGGUAUAUCCUGUGCACCGUCCUGCUCUCGGUGGCCGUCCUCCUGGCAGUGACAGUCACGGGGGCCAUCCUCUUCAUGAACCACUACCACACGCCCGUCACCGAGUCACCCCCUGUCAUCAGCACCAACCCUGAGGAAGCCAAUGCACUGGUCACCAUCGAGAAAGCCGACAGCUCCCGCAUCAACAUCUUCAUUGACCCCAACUGCCCUGAUGCGGCGGGCACCUUCGGGCGCCUGGAGGGGCUGCAGACCUCCCUGCUGCGCGCCGUCACUGACCACGAUGCUGAGGUGAAAGCCACCAAGAGCCAGCAGAAAGCCCUGCUGGUCACGGUGGCGGACGAGGUGGCCAAGCUGCUGACGCAUGCUGUGCAGCUGCGUGCCGACUGCGAUGGCCUCAAGAAGGGGCACAGUGCCAUGGGGCAGGAGCUCAGCGCCCUGCAGGGAGAGCAGGGCAGGCUCAUCCAGCUACUCUCGGAGAGCCAGACCAACAUGGCUCGGCUGGUGAGCUCCGUCAGUGACAUCCUUGACAUGCUGCAAAAGGAGCGUGGCAGUGCCCGGCCCCGGCUCAAGGCCGACCUGCAGCGAGCACCAGCCAGGGGAGCGCGGCCCCGGGGCUGCUCCAAUGGCUCCCGGCCCCGAGACUGCUUUGACAUCUAUGCGAGUGGACAGCAAGAGGAUGGGAUUUACUCCAUCUUCCCCACGCACUACCCCUCCGGCUUCCAGGUCUACUGCGACAUGACGACUGAUGGGGGCGGCUGGACGGUGUUUCAGCGGCGGGAGGACGGCUCUGUGAACUUCUUCCGUGGCUGGGAAGCCUACCGGGAUGGCUUUGGGAAGCUGACGGGAGAGCACUGGUUAGGGUUGAAGCGGAUCCAUGUGCUGACGGUGCAGGGCAGCUACGAGCUCCGCAUUGACCUGGAAGACUUUGACAACGGCACCGCCUUUGCCCACUAUGGCAGCUUUGGCGUGGGGCUCUUCUCUGUUGACCCCGAGGAGGAUGGGUACCCUGUCUCCGUCGCCGACUACUCGGGGACGGCAGGUGACUCCUUCCUGAAGCACAAUGGGAUGAAGUUCACCACCAAGGACCUGGACAACGACCACUCAGAGAACAACUGUGCAGCUUUCUACCACGGUGCCUGGUGGUACCGCAACUGCCACACCUCCAACCUCAACGGUCAGUACCUCAAGGGCCACCACAGCUCCUAUGCCGACGGCAUCGAGUGGUCUUCCUGGACCGGCUGGCAGUACUCCCUCAAGUUCACCGAGAUGAAGAUCCGGCCUGUCCGGGAGGAGAAUUAGCU